AUGAGCGAAUGCCAUAACUCGUCGGACCGGAUCAAGGUGCGAGUGUGGGACGAGGACAACGACCUCAAGUCCAAACUCCGGCAGAAGCUGACGCGGGAGUCCGAUGACUUCCUCGGGCAGACCAUCAUCGAGGUCUCCGGGGUUCGGACGCUGUCGGGGGAGAUGGAGGUGUGGUACAAUUUGGAGAAACGGACGGACAAGAGCGCCGUGUCCGGUGCCAUCCGGCUGCACAUCAGCGUCGAGAUCAAGGGCGAGGAAAAGGUGGCGCCGUACCACGUGCAGUACACGUGCCUGCACGAGAACAUCUUCCACUCCCUGUGCGAGCAAAACGGCGGGGUGGUGAAGCUGCCGCAGUCGAAGGGGGACGAGGCGUGGAAGGUCUACUUCGAGGACCCGGCCGAGGAGAUCGUGGACGAGUUCGCCAUGCGAUACGGCGUGGAGUCCAUCUACCAGGCGAUGACGCACUUCCACUGCCUGAGCACAAAGUACCUGUGCGCCGGAGUGCCCGCGGUGAUGAGCACCCUCCUGGCGAACAUCAACGCCUUCUACGCUCACACCACCGCCACCUCGGCCGUCUCCGCCUCCGACCGAUUCGCAGCCUCCAACUUCGGAAAAGAGAAAUUCGUGAAGCUGCUGGACCAGCUGCACAACUCCUUGAGGAUCGAUCUCUCCAUGUACCGGAACAACUUCCCGGCUUCUUCCCCCGAGAAACUCACGGACCUCAAGGCCAUCGUGGAUCUUCUCACUUCCAUCACCUUCUUCCGGAUGAAGGUGCAAGAGCUGUCGAGCCCCCCGCGGGCGAGCCAGGUCCUCAACGACUGUGCCAAGGCCUGCCUCCGCGCCACCUACCAGUUCCUGUUCGAGAACUGCUACGAGCUGUACUCGAGGGAGUUCCAGGUGGACCCGAACGAGGGGAAGCGGACGAACGAGGCGGGGGAGCCGGAGACGGGUCCCCGGCUGGACAGCCUCGACUUCUGGCACAAACUCAUCGCGUUGAUCGUGUCCGUGAUCGAGGAGGACAAGAACUCGUACCAUCCCGUGCUGAACCAGUUCCCGCAGGAGUUCAACAUCGGACAGCUCUCGGCGGCCACCAUGUGGCAGCUGUUCGCGACGGACAUCAAGUACGCGAUGGAGGAGCACGAGAACCACCGGCUGUGCAAGAGCUCCGCGUACAUGAACCUCCACUUCAAGGCCAAGUGGCUCUACAACAACUACGUGAAGGACGUGCCGCCGUACAAGGGAUCCGUGCCGGAGUACCCCACUUGGUUCGAGCCGUUCGUGAUGCAAUGGUUGAACGAAAACGACGACGUGUCCCUGGAGUACCUCCACGGCGCCUUCACGAGGGACAAGAAAGACGGGUUUCCGCCGAGCAGCGAGCACGCCCUCUUCUCCAAUUCCGUGGUGGACGUGUUCACGCAACUGACGCAGUGCUUCGACGUGGUGUCGAAGCUGGAGUGCCCCGACCCGGAGAUCUGGAAGCGGUACAUGCGGCGCUUCGCGAAGACGGUCGUGAAGGUGCUCAUCGCCUACGCGGAGAUCGUGAAGCGGGAGUUCCGCGGCUACGUCGGCGACGAGAAGAAGGCGUGCAUCCUCAUGAACAACAUCCAGCAGCUGCGGGUGCAGCUGGAGAAGCUCUACGAGUCGAUGGGCGGGAAGGCCCUCGAGGAGGACGCCGCCUCCAUCCUCAACAAACUCCAGGACUCGCUCAACGGCGUCCUCGACGAACUCGCUCAUCUCUUCGCCGAAAGCCUGGAGGGCCGGAUCGCAGAGUCCAUGAAGGAGCUGGGGGAGCUGCUGCUGGCGGUGAAGCCGGGCGGAGGAGUGGGCGGAGUCGGCGGGAUCGGCGGCGGAGGCGCCCUGGGCGUGGGGGUGGGGAGGAACGCCGUGACCGCGGAUGCGGACGAGGUGCUUCGGCCGCUCAUGGAUCUCCUCGAUGGUGGGUCGACCUGCGGUUCCGUCGGCGGUUCUCGAUCUGGGGGCGAGGGGGUGCCGUGGGCGUCGGCGGCCUCUUUCGUUUGGCCCGUCGCCAAACGAAGGCGAGAAGGCCAAUCGUUAUUCGGGUAA